CUGUUAUGUCAAGCAGAACUUUCAGACUCCGGUCCUGUUCAAUUACCAAAAGGAAAAGUGGUUGGAAAAAGGUGGAAAAUUGUAAGGAAACUUGGAGAAGGCGGUUGUGGCUCCGUUUACAAAGUACAAGACAUCAGUAAUAAAGCUAAUUUUGUGAGUUUUAUCUGCUUAGCUGCAUUAAAAGCCGAAUCAAAUUUUGUAGCAGGGGGGACAGUAUUAAAGUUAGAAGUUCAGGUAACUUCUAAACAUGAUUUCUUCACGUGGGAAGUGACAAAUGGGAUUUUAAGGCGUUUAGCUGGGCGACCACACGUUCCACAAUUGAUACAUUCGGGAAAGAAAGAACUUUAUUGUUAUAUGGUUAUGACAUUACUCGGUGAUAGUCUUGGAACAUUACAAAAGAAAUAUGGUAGAAUUUCAAGUAUUUCAACGCAAACUCGCGUUGCUCGAGAAUUUGUUGUAGUUGGCGACGAUCGAAAGCUGCAAAUGAGGCGGCCAAGACCGAGAGCAUUAUUUCGAGGUACCACUCGAUAUUGCUCGAUAAAUACUCAUGAAAGAGGUGAACAAGGUCGUGUAGAUGAUUUAUGGAGUGUUUUAUAUAUGUUGGCCGAAAUGCGUGGAAGUUUACCGUGGAGCAAUCUAAGAAUUCGCAUCGAUAGAUGUGCAAUCUCAGGGAAAAGAAAGAUAUAAAU